CAUCUUUCCUUUAUAACAAGUCAUCUGUGUUUCCACCGAUCACACCAAUUUUCGUAGCUAUGGAUGAAGAAACCUUUUUUCCAUCUGAUACUGAUAUUGAUUUCAGCUUCACCUCCACCACCUCCUCCGUCACCACAGCCACCGACCGCACCUUUGCAUCCUCCAGCGCUCGCACCAGCCUCGCCCGCUCCAGCCUCACUCUCAGCUUCAACGAGUCACGCCUCUCCACCUCAACUGCCGGACCCACCGCUGCGGCCAACCUCCACCAUCGUCCUCACCGCAAAUCUGACCCGCAUUGGUCGGCAAUCAACGCCGCCACUACGUUGUCGUCAGAUGGAGCACUUCACCUUCGCCACCUCAAGCUCCUCCGCCACCUAGGCACCGGCAACCUCGGCCGUGUCUUCCUUUGUCGCCUCCGCGACUGCGACGCUGCCAACUUCGCCCUCAAGGUAGUGGAUAGAGAUGCUCUAACGAACAAGAAGCUCUCUCACGUGCAAAUGGAGGCGGACAUCCUCUCAGCGCUCGACCACCCUUUUCUGCCUACGCUCUAUGCCCACCUCGAAGUCUCCCACUACACUUGCCUCCUCAUCGAUUACUGCCCCGGUGGCGACCUCCACUCCCUCCUUCGCAAGCAGCCCGGAAACCGGCUACCGGUCGACGCGGUCAGGUUCUACGCGGCCGAGGUGCUGGUAGCCCUUGAGUACCUUCACGCCACUGGCGUCGUUUACCGGGAUCUGAAGCCGGAAAAUGUUUUGCUCCGUGAGGAUGGCCACAUCAUGUUGUCAGACUUCGACUUGUGCUUCAAGGCCGAUGUGGUGCCUAUACUGGAGAGCCGAGCUCGGACGAGACCGGUUCAUGGAUGUUUCGGAUCGCGGGAGGCGGCAGAAGAGGUGGUGGCGGAGUUCGUGGCCGAGCCGACGGACGCGUUUUCCAGGUCCUGCGUCGGAACCCACGAGUACCUGGCGCCGGAGUUGGUUGCUGGCACCGGCCAUGGCAACGGCGUUGACUGGUGGGCGUUUGGGGUGUUUAUAUUUGAGAUGUUGCAUGGAACGACUCCUUUUAAAGGAGGGAGCAAAGAAGCCACCUUGCGCAAUAUAGCAUCGACCCGGCAAGUUAAGUUCCAAGCCAGAGAUGAAGAAGAAAAGGGGGUCGGAAUUACAGAAGCAAGAGACUUGAUUGAAAGACUAUUAGUGAAGGACCCAAGGAAGCGGCUAGGGUUCUCCAGGGGUGCGACGGAUAUUAAACGGCACCCUUUCUUUAACGGGAUAAAAUGGCCUCUGAUUCGGACGUACACCCCACCGGAGGUACGAGGAGUUGCGAGGAAGACCAAGGCACACGUGAGUCACGUGACUGGGGUUCCCCGUGAAAGAGGGCAUUGGUGGUGGAAUUCUAAGAAAAAUAAGGGGUCAAAGUACAAUUUCGCUUUUAAUAAUAACAACUAUUACUCUUAUAUUAAUUAUAAAAAGGUUAAGAAAUGUGCUUAGUCGGAUAUUACUCUUUUUGUUGGGCUCUUGUUUUUCUUUUGUAUUUUUUUUUUUAAAUGUAAAGGAGAAAGGAAUAGUGGGAUAUAUUAGCAAUUUUGUUGAA